AUGAACGGCCAAAAAGUCUUAUCUCUUUAUGCAGCCGAAUACUUAUUUAACCAAGUGAAGCCUUCAGAACUAUAUGACCGUGUUUAUUUAUAUACAAAAAGAUCCACAAAUAUUGGUAAAAUUGGUAUUAAAAUGGGAUUAAACAAAUUAUUGCAUUGGACGCCGAAUAAUGAAUCACAAAUAAUUGAAGCUGAAAAAGAUGGACAUAGUUUACAAGGUCUAGGUGAAGAAAAUGUUACUGGUAGAGCACUUCAAGCGCUUGUUGGAGCAAUAUAUCAUGAUCAGGGUGCAUAUGCGGCAAAACAAUUUGUUCAUAAAUAUAUAUUAUCAGCUUCUAUAGAUCUUAGUUAA